AUGGCCAGCCCACUCUCAGGCAACGGCGAAGACCUGCUCCAGGCCGCGCUCUCGGACGCGUUCUCAGUCGGCACCCUCCCGCACGAGCCGGUCCUCCCCGCCUCCUCCCCUUCUCCCCCCUCAGACUCCUCCUCACCUUCCGACACACCCUCCCUCAACACAGACACCUCAUCAACCUCAACGCGCCCCGACGUCGACGCAGAGCCCUUAACGCCCGAAGCCCUCGAAGCAUCCAAACUCGAGCUCGAAUCGCACCUCGCGAAAUGGAAAGCCGAGAACGCGGAGCAGCGCGAGGCGGCGGAGAAUAAGCGCGCGAGCUGGGCGAGGAUUCGCGAGGAGGAGUCCCGUAAAGGCGUGAAGAGUGUCAAUGAGGUUAAGGAGGCUAUUGCGGGGCCGCCUACGACGGGCGCUAGUACGAGCAGCGAGGGGUGGGAGCGGUUGUUGGCGAGUGGGAGGACUGGGAGGGAUAGUCCGAGUCCGGUUGAUGGGCGGGACUUGGUGGGCGGGGAGAAGGGCGGGAAGAGGACCGAGGAGGAGCUUGCACAGCGCAUCCUCCCCGGCUCGACCUCCAACGAGCACAAAAAGUCGCCGAGCUCAGCGCCCUGGGAAGACGUCCCGUCCGAGUUAACCUCGUCCUUCCCGUCGCUCUCGUUCCCCGAAGACUCGAACCCGCACUCGCACCAAGCCUCCGGCUCCGACACCCACCACCAGCACCAUCACGCGCACCACGACCACGCGCAUCACCAUCACGGCGACAAGACCUCCUCCGCUACGCUCACCAUCUUCGACAGCACGCUCUCAACGCGCACGCGCGUAUGGGCGCUCGUGGGCGCUGUCGGGAUUAACUUGCUACUACCAUUCGUCAACGGUGUGAUGUUGGGCUUUGGAGAGAUUUUCGCGAAGGAUGUUGUUAUGGGGUGGCUUGGGUGGGGGAAGGGCACGUCGGGCGUUGGGUUGAGGACCGGCUCGAGGCGCCGUUCAUGA